AGAGGACCACGUGGGACGCCUCGUAGGUCCUUACAGCUCACAGAACAUGCAGAUUACUGAACCUGCUACGCACAGCUGAUUGCAACGUCUUUGGAGUCGGACGGUACAGCCUUAACCAGCUCGGAUCGAUGAUGGAUGUGUGACCCAUGCUGAACCCCGAGAUCAGACGUCAUGUCCAGGCCCAGUGGGACCUCACUACCCCGGAGGCUGGCCCGUCGUGACCCCAGCGGGAAAGAUGUCAGGAGGCCGAUCGAUGAAUCCACCAAGAAGAACGUGAUCCUCAUAGAAACGGAGAACCUCCUGAGAUCAGAGGAAGACUUCUUAUCGUCGCUGUCACAGAUACACACCGUCGUCCUGAGCAGAUUAUUACAGGUCACAGAUGUUCCGGAUCCUUUAGGGAACGAUUACCUGACGUUGAUGAAGCUUCUGAAUGAAAGGUUUCACGGCGUCUGGGAUGUGACCACCGGAUGUUUCCAGACCCUAAAGGAGUCUCCCGGGCGGCUGGCGGGGGACAUCCAGGACCUCUACCUCCUGACAGAAGAGGCUCGUCUCCUCCAGGUCUACACGGGAUACAUUUCCGCAUUCACGGAUUUUCUGGUGAUGAAAGGAUUCGAAAGAUCGGCCAAACAAUCGAGCAGCUACUGGAAGGAGAACAGGAAACUCCUCUUGCAGCUGAUUGGGGAGCGAUCGGAGACCCCCAUCCACGUGCUGCUGCAGAGGGUCUUGAUGGAGCCGUUCAGGAAUCACGUACAGCAGUAUUCACUACUUCUAUCGCGGCUGACACCCCUAAAGGACGCGUCUCUUGCAGACUCCAUCGCUGCGUUUGAGAGAUUACAGACAUUUAUCAGUCAGGCGCUGGACGAAGCCUCUCAGACCAAACUGCUCUGGAGCUCCAUGUCCAGCAAACUGGUG